GUUAUUUUUUGUGUAACAUGUUUGGAUCAAUAAAAUUUCUAACAUACACACCCUACAAAUUGAGGGCAUCAAUUAGUGUGAUGCCAAUGUUGGCAAAUUAAUGUUUUGGUAUGUAUUAGUGUACCGUGGUGGUGUCCUCUUGGCCGACCCGAGGCACAUCAGCAAAAUGACGAGCCCAUAAUAGGGACCCAAAUAUGGGAAGAUUCACUUGCUCACUCAGACAAUCAAUAAGAUCCCACAAUCCGUGGGAACGGUAAUAAAUACCGGGAGUUACGAGUCCAUAAUGAGACGUGAUUUAUGGGAUCAUAAAGAGGAGUGUGCGAUUCAUGUCUGUAACGCUACACCAUUAUAUAUAGCAAUGAUUAGGUCUAAGAAGGCAGUUUUACUCUCAUUGAAUGUUCUAGGUCAAGACUGCUGUCAAGUUCUUUUAGCUCGGUAUCGCUAAGGGUUCUUCGGCGGCGGUCUCCAAUACCGGAACAUUUUGGCGCCCACCGUGGGGCAGGUAAAACUGCAUCCCACACCUUUGUUGUUUGACGUGAGCAGAAGGUCGCAAUGACGAGGAUUCUGAGAAGCAAUGCGACAAGAGCUAGUAACGACGACGUCAAUGGUGCCAUAACUGGGAGCGCCAGCGGAAUUGAAAAUCCCAUUCCCGCCGUCGGCGGCCACACUCUAGAAGAAAUCUUGGCCGCAAUAGAAACCUUGCAACGAGAGAACGAAGAAGAGCGAAGCAGAGAAGGAAGUGUCGUCGCCGGCGACGGAACAGAUUUCCCGAAUGUCUGAUGGCGCCAUUACCGGCCGAGCAAACCGGUGAAUUAGCGCCCUCCGAGUCCCAGAGAUCCAUUCCCACGCCGUUUCUCACAAAGACGUACCAGCUCGUCGACGAUCCCGCCGCGGAUGACCUAAUUUCCUGGAACGAAGAUGGCACCAGCUUCAUCGUUCGGCGACCCGCCGAAUUCACACGGGAUUUGCUUCCCAAGUACUUCAAACACAACAACUUUUCUAGUUUCGUCCGUCAGCUUAACACCUAUGGAUUUCGGAAGGUUGUCCCUGACCGUUGGGAAUUCGCUAACGACUACUUCCGGCGAGGCAAGAGAGGUCUUCUCCGCGACAUACAGCGCCAGAAAAUAUUGCCGGUACCAGCGGCGGCAACAGUAACCACAGCGAACGCGGUAACGGUGGCGGUGGCGGCACCGGCGGUGAGAACGGUGUCCCCGACGACUUCCAGCGACGAACAGGUACUAUCGUCGAACUCAUCUCCGAUUGAUGGGAGUGGGAAUAAUAAUAAUACAGUGCACCGCACCACGAGUUGCACCACUGCGGCCGAGCUGUUAGAAGAGAAUGAAAGGCUUAGGAAGAAGCGCGGCAGCGAGAAGGUGAAGCCGAACAACUGUAUCGACAGAAUCACGCGGAUAUGUAUGAUCGAGGUCAACCAAAAGGCGUCAAGGAGAUGCCAUGAGGAUAGCAUGAGUAAAAAGAAAACAUUGAAGGUCACCAAACCUCCAUACCAGGUAUAAUUUCUAAACCUUGAUCUGAUAGAGGAUACCCACAACAAAAUUCUUAAAUUAUCCACACUGAAUAUCACAGAGUGGUUCAGAAAUAUACCAGCAGCAGCUAAGUGCUUUCACAGGGGCAGGGAAAU